AUGGCUCCCGCAAAGAAGGGUGGCGAGAAGAAGAAGGGCCAUUCUUUCACGAACAAGGUAGUGACCAAGGAAUACACCACUACAUUCACAAGCGCAACCAUGGAGUUGUGCCCCUCAGGUACUCAGAUCCGAAAAUUUGUCAUGAAGGAGAUGAGAAUCCCAGAUAUGUGCAUUGACACCAGACUCAACAAAGCUGUCUGGGCCAAAGGAAUAAGGAAUGUCCCAUACUUCAUCUUGGUGUGGUUGUCUAGAAAACAUACUGAGGACAAAGAUUCACCAAAUAAGCUCUAUAUGUUGGUUACCUACAUACUUGUCACUACUUUCAAAAAUCCACAAACAGUUAAUGUGAGUAAGAACUAA